GUUCAUCUUUUUGCCUUGCCUGCUUCAACUUUUUUUUUUCCAUCGUCAAUUCCAUCCUUUUUCAAAAGCGAAUUUCCCAACUGCGGGGACGAUUCACCCGUUGGACGUGGCUUGGACCUCGGUUCAUCUAUUUACUACACCAGCCUAAAUAAUUUAUUUUAAGGUAGUAGGAAGACGAUGGCGGAAGUCGAGACGCGCCAUCUAGGUGAACGGUCGCCCAACGAACCUCCCAUCCCACGUUCCCCCCGUCGCGAUCCCGAUCGAGGCCAACGUCGUGAUGGCGGCGACACAUACAGACCUGCGCGCGACCGCGAUCGCGACCGUGACCGUCGCUCACCGCCUCCCCGGCAACGGUCGCCACCUCGUCAACGCACGCCGCCCAGGAUGCCUACCGAAGAGGAGAAGCAGGCGGCUGCAAAGGCCGAGUAUCAGAAACUUUUAAAUAUGCGAUCGGGAGGAACGUAUAUUCCCCCUGCGCGUCUGCGGGCGCUGCAGGCCCAGAUCACGGAUAAGACAAGCAAGGAAUAUCAGCGCAUGGCCUGGGAGGCAUUAAAGAAGAGCAUCAACGGUCUUAUCAACAAGGUCAACGUAUCCAACAUCAAGUAUAUCGUUCCGGAAUUGUUCCAGGAGAACUUGGUCAGAGGGCGGGGAUUGUUCUGCCGAAGUAUCAUGAAAGCGCAAGCGGCAAGUUUGCCUUUCACCCCCGUCCUAGCAGCUAUGGCGGCCAUCGUCAACACGAAGUUACCGCAGGUCGGCGAGCUGCUCGUAAAGAGACUGGUCAUACAAUUCAGGAAAGCUUUCAAGCGGAACGACAAAGCCGUGUGUUUAUCAUCGACUAUGUUCAUUGCGCAUUUGGUCAACCAGCAAGUAGUUCACGAAAUGUUGGCUGCCCAGAUGCUGAUCUUGCUACUACAAAAACCGACGGACGAUAGUGUGGAGAUUGCGGUUGGCCUAACGAAGGAAGUGGGACAGCAUCUAGAAGACAUGAACCCAGCUAUUGCGGGAAUUGUGUUCGACCAGUUCAGGAAUAUCUUACACGAGGCGGAUAUCGACAAACGAGUGCAGUUCAUGAUCGAGGUUUUAUUCCAAGUCCGAAAAGACAAAUUCAAAGAUAAUCCCGCGAUCAAGGAGGAGCUAGAUCUAAUUGAGGAGGAAGACCAAAUCACACAUAAGGUCGACUUGGGUGCGGACCUUGACGUCCAAGAGGGCCUGAACAUAUUUAAAUUUGAUCCGGAAUGGGAGGAAAACGAGGAAGCUUAUAAGAAGCUGCGAGCCGAGAUUCUUGGGGAGGGAAGCGACGACGAAGAUGAGGAGGACGACGAAGAUGAGGAGGACGACGAAGAUGAGAGUUCCGAGGAAGAGGAUGAGGAGCAAAAAGCUAUGGAGAUCAAGGAUCAGUCCAACACGGAUCUUGUCAACCUUCGGAAAACCAUCUACCUCACCAUUAUGAGCAGUAUGGAUCCCGAAGAGUGUGUCCAUAAGCUGAUGAAGAUCAACCUCCCAACCGGCCAAGAGCCUGAGCUACCCUCUAUGAUAGUAGAGUGCUGUAGUCAGGAGAAGACUUACUCGAAGUUCUUUGGCCUGAUCGGAGAGAGGUUUGCUAAGAUCAAUCGCUUAUGGUGCGACCUUUUUACUCAGAGCUUCGAAAAAUACUACGAGACAAUCCACAGAUACGAAACGAAUAGGCUACGGAAUAUUGCCAGAUUUUUCGGUCACAUGUUUGGUUCCGACGCUAUUGGCUGGCAUGCUAUGUCUGUCAUACACUUAAACGAAGAAGAGACAACCUCUGCUAGCAGAAUCUUCAUCAAGAUUUUGUUCCAGGAAAUCUCGGAAGAGCUAGGUAUGACAAAGUUACAGGCACGAAUGCGGGACGACGUGCUACAAGAAAGCUUUACAGGGCUGUUCCCGCGCGACAAUGCACGCAAUGUACGGUUCUCGAUCAAUUACUUUACCAGUAUCGGUAUGGGUGCUUUGACGGAGGAGAUGAGAGAGUACUUGGCCAAUAUGCCGAAGCCAACUCUUCCUGCGCCCCCUGCUGCCGACGAUUCCGACUCAGAUUCUGUGUCUAGCUAUUCGUCGUACACAGGUUCCUCUUAUUCAUCCAGGUCCAGAUCUCGUACACCGCCGCGAAGGGCUCUUGAUAGGGGUCGGUCAUUAUCUCGAACCCCACCGAGACGAGCUAGAUCAGCAUCUUACAGUUCAUCUCGGAGUCCAUCUCGGAGUCCAUCUCCUCGGCGAUCCACUAGGAGGUAUUCUAGUUCCCCUAGUCCGCCUCGUGGCCGCCGUGACUCCAACUAUUCGCGGUAUAGGUCGGUAACCCCGCCUGCGGCACGCGGAGCUGGUAGGCCUCGUUCGUAUAGUCGUGGCCGCGGCUCCACACGAUCCCGUUCUUACACGCCUUCACGGAGUCGCAGCCCACCAUUAUCACCCGCAAGGCGGCGUAGAAAUACCAGCUCUGUCAGCAGCGCUCCGAGGAAGAGACAAAGAUAUGAUAGCCGGUCACCUACCCCGGUCGAUAAGAAGAGGAGACGAUACAGCUCCAGCCGUAGCAGAUCCCGGACUGGAUCGCCGCCACUUCGCGCUAGGCGGGUCAGUAGGGGCAGGGACUAGAUAUUUCACGCGUUGAAGGGAAGGAGGUAUUUGCUUCGUAAGGGAGAAUUCCUUCCGAGGUGGGAGUGAUGUAUGUAUGGUGGGUAAUAAAGUAAUGAAGAGUUGGACGGCGAGAUGCGUAGCUGCGUUUUGGCGUUUAUCUACCCCUUUUCGCGUUUGCGUUUACACUUGCGCCGGCCGGGUUUAAAUUCCAUGUAGAAUAUACCACCACAGACUGAAAGUCGUCGCAGCAGUAGAUUAGAUAUCAAAAAGCGUUAGCCGCAAUUCUAUAAGAAUACCUCACCAAUUUUAUGGUAUUGCUUUAUAAUAUGUGACUGGGUUAAUUUUUUUUUUUUCU